AUGACUGACCGGAACAUACUGCCAGACUACUUCAAGGCUGGUCACUAUGACCUGGCUUUGGAUAGCCUCGAAUUCAAGAAUUGGACCUACAAUGGUAUUGUGACCAUUACUGGAAACUUCGUCAAGCCCACCAGGGAGGUUGUCCUCAAUGCCAUUGAGCUGACCCUCGAGACCGCAACGGUCGAGGUCGAGUCCGGCAAGGCCACCACCUCCUACACGGCAGCUAACAUCCACUAUGAUGCCAAAGCCCAGCGUGCCACUAUUCUCUUUGAUGCAGAGCUGCCAGUGUCCAAGGCCGCCCUCACCAUCAAGUUUCAGGGUAUUGUCAACCAUGACAUGGCCGGCUUCUACCGGUCUCAGUACAAGCCCGCUGUCCCGGCUGCGGCCUCGGUGCCACGAGAUGACGAGUGGCACUACAUGCUGAGCACCCAAUUCGAGAGUACGGAUGCUCGGCGUGCCUUUCCCUGCUUCGACGAGCCGAACCUGAAGGCCACCUUCAACCUCGCCAUCGAAAUCCCCGAUGACCAGGUCGCCCUCAGCAACAUGCCUGUCAAGGACACCGUGCCUGUCGGGACCGGGAAAAAGCAGGUGAUAUUCGAGACGACGCCCAUCAUGAGCACCUACCUGCUUGCUUGGGCCGUCGGCGACUUUGAGUACAUCGAGGCCUUCACCGACCGUCGGUACAAUGGCAAGCAGGUCCCCGUCCGCGUCUACACGACCCGCGGCCUGGUAGAGCAGGGCAGUUGGGCCCUGUGGCAUGCCCCCAAGAUCAUCGAUUUCUUCUCCGAGGCUUUCGAUAUCGAUUACCCGCUGCCCAAGAGUGACAUUCUCGCCGUCCACGAGUUUACCGGCGCGAUGGAAAAUUGGGGUCUUGUCACCUACCGCAUAACUACCGUCCUGUUUGACGAGGAGAAAUCCGACUCUCGCUUCCGUAACCGUAUCGCCUAUGUUGUGGCGCACGAGCUCGCCCACCAGUGGUUUGGCAAUCUCGUGACCAUGGACUGGUGGGAUGAGCUGUGGCUGAACGAGGGCUUUGCCACCUGGGCUGGCUGGCUCGCCAUAGACCAUCUGCAUCCUGAUUGGGAGGUAUGGCCUCAAUUCAUCAACGAGGGCUACGAGACAGCCCUGAAGCUGGAUGGUCUGCGCUCUUCCCACCCGAUCCAAGUCCCCGUACGUGAUGCGCUGGACAUCAACCAGGUCUUUGAUGCCAUCAGCUACCUAAAGGGAUGCUCCGUCAUCCGCAUGCUGGCCAACCAUCUCGGAGUGAAGACCUUUAUGAAGGGUGUAUCGAUCUACCUCAAGAAGCACCCUUACAGCAAUGCCAAGACGCAGGCCCUCUGGGAGGCCCUGACUGAGGCCUCGGGCGUGGACGUUCCAGCCCUGAUGAAGCCGUGGAUCGAGGAGAUAGGCUUCCCUGUCCUGACCGUGGCUGAGGAGCCUGGUCAGAUCACCAUCAAGCAGUCGCGUUUCUUGUCCACUGGUGAUGUCAAACCCCAGGACGAUACCACGACCUGGUGGGUUCCCCUCGCAUUUGAGGGCAAGACUGGUGCGCAAGGCGUCCAGUCCCUUGCCUUGACGACCAAGGAAGACACUAUCCGUGAUGUCGAUGAUGAAUUCUACGUAAUCAACAAGAAUGCUCCCGCCUUCUACCGAGUCAACUAUCCACUGGCGAGGCUGCAGAAGCUUGGCAGCCAGCUCGACCGCCUGAGCACUGAAGACAAGAUCUCCAUCACUGGGUCCGCCGCUGAUCUUGCGUUCUCUGGCUACGGCACAACGCCAGCCCUGCUAUCCUUCAUUCAGAGCCUCAAGAAUGAGACCCACUUCCGCGUACUGAGCCAGGCUCUCGAUUCUAUCAACCUGGUCAAGUCCAUCUUCGACGACGACCAGACUAUCAAGACGGGGCUGGAGAAAUUCACGCUGCGCCUGAUCGACAACGUCUUAAACAAGGUGGGCUGGGAUUUCCCUGCCGGUGAGGACUUCAACAGCGGCCUGCUGCGGAAGCGAUUCCUCCUCGCAGCUGGUGCCAACGGGCACCCGGGCGUUACUGAGGAGGCGCUCAAGCGUUUCGCCGCGUAUUCUGCCUCGCCCCAAGAUAACCCGCUGCACGCUGACCUGCGUAGCCCGGUGUAUCGUAUCGCUCUCAAGUCCGAUCCAGCCAAGACCGCUGCCUUCCUCAAGAAUGAGUGGUAUACGGCUCCCGCAGUGGACAGCCAGGACCUGUGCCUGGGCGUCCUCGGGACCUGUACGGAUGAAUCCGUCAUCACUUCCACGCUCCUGCCGCUCCUGUUCAACAUCUCGCCGCCCGCACCAGCCUCCGACUGCAUUCCGGCCAGCGACAUGGACUUCCUCUCGGGUGGUCUAGCCAACAACCGUGUCGGUCGGCCGUUGCUUUGGAAGUUCAUCAAGGAGAAUUGGAGUCAGAUCGACCAGAAGGUUGGCGGGAACCCAAUUCUUUUGGACCGUUUUAUCAAGGUCUCUUUGAGCAAGUUUACCUCGUAUAAGGACCUAGAGGAACUCGAGGCGUUCUUCAAGGAUAAGGACACCACGGCGUUCAACCGAACGCUGGAGGCAGCGAAAGACAGUGUGCGGGGCCGUGCAGCAUACCGGGAGAGAGAUGCUGCGGUUUUGAAGGAGUGGCUGGUUGCCAAUGGUUACGCUUGA